CAGUGAACGCCGCACAGAGAAGGCGUGCGCAGCAGCAGCAGCGUGCAGCAGACAACAGACAACACCACAGCCCCAGCACACAACCCUGAAGUCACAAUGCCCGUGGAUCUGAGCCAGUGGACUGGAGCUCUGGAGCUGCAGGAGGUCGACGAGAAACCAGCAGAUCCACUUACUGUUAAAUAUGACGCCGUGGAAAUAGAUGAACUCGGAAAAGUACUCACUCCAACGCAGGUGCAGAACAGACCGUCCUGUAUUGAAUGGGCAGGAUGUGAUCCCAGUAAACUCUACACUUUGGUCCUGACUGACCCUGAUGCCCCAAGCAGAAAAUCUCCUAAAUUCAGGGAGUGGCACCAUUUUCUCGUCGUGAACAUGAAAGGAAAUGACGUUUCCUCUGGCUCUGUCAUGUCUGACUAUGUGGGCUCAGGACCUCCCCAAGGAUCAGGUCUGCAUAGGUAUGUUUGGCUGGUGUAUGAACAAACUGGUCCCCUGUCCUGCUCCGAGCCUGUCCUGACAAACCGCUCUGGAGACGGACGUGGAAAGUUCAAGAUCCGAGCUUUCAGGCAGAAGUACAAACUUGGAGCCCCAGUGGCCGGCACCUGCUACCAGGCUGAGUGGGAUGACUAUGUACCCAAGUUGUACGAGCAGUUGGCUGGAAAGUAACUACUCUUAUACAAAUAUCAACAAGUAACAAGUAUCCCGUGAACAUAAAAGCACUUAAGAUUAUUCUUCUCUUGACUGCACCAACGUGUGGCACUUGGUAGUAUUCUUCCCUUUGCUGCCUUUUUCAUUCACUUAACAUUAAAAACAAAUCAUUAGUACAAUAAUUUGGUUACCAUGGUUAGCUUUUCUGCUGGCUUUAAAGUUAUUAAUUCCUAUUGGCUCGAUUGGUGUAAAUAUUGGAGUACAGUUGUUUGAAUCAAUAAACUCUUUCAGUUAAUGUAA